AUGGAAGGACAAAAGAAGCUAUCCAAAUUAGAGGAUGCGGAGUUAGAGAAACAACUGAAAAGUUUAAACAAGCCAGCAGUCAAAACAGUAAAGUUGAAGAUUGAACAGACUAAAUAUGGAGAUACAUACGACUGUGUAGAUUUCUACAAACAAUGUGCAUUUGAUCACCCGUUGUUGAAGGACCAUAAUUUUCACCCUGAGAUGAAACCUACUUUAUCAAGAAUUAAUAAAGAUUCAACUUUUUCAUCGGCAACUAAUAGGUCAUCGACAAUAUGGUCAAAAGAUGGAGGAUGUCCUUUUGGAACUAUUCCUGUUAAGAGAAUUACAAAGGAUGACCUUAUAAGAUUAAGAAAUAUGCCCCCGCCAGAAGAUGUCACAUUCGUCGAUGAAUAUGAUGUUAGCAACAAUAAUAGUGAGCCAAAUGGAAGAUACAUAUCUUCACAAGGAUAUAAGGUGGUUGCAAUAGCUCAGAUUCCAUAUAAUCCAAAUAGCAAGUUUGCGGGAGCGGGAAUGGAUACUGCUUUGUACAAUCCUCAAGUUAAAGGACAACAACACAGUGGAUCUCGACUAAAAAUUCACAAAGGAUCAGAUAUCUUACAAGUGGACCCAACGUUAUACGGAGAUACUAAAACUAGGUUUUUUAUACAUUUCCAGGACUUAGCCGGAAAUUGGUGGGUUUUAGUGUCACAAGAGUUUACACGAGUAGGUUUCUGGCCACAAAGUCUCUUCACUGACUUGAAAAGUUUUGCUACGAAUGUUGAUUGGGGAGGAGUUGUAUAUAGUCCAUCAGGUGUACCAGAACCUCCGAUGGGCUCAAGCUAUUUUCCUAUUGAAAACUCUUCCUAUGAUGCUUAUUGUGCUGGAGUUAUAAUUUUCAACGAGAAAGGAAAGACAAUUGAGGUAGAUAAAACAAUCACACACAUCGAUAAUCCUAAUAUGUACAAGGUUGAAUUUAUACAACUUUCAUAUGGUGCAAAAGAUAUGUAUUUUGUUCUUUAUGGGGGACCGGGUGAAAGUACACAUGUUUAA